UAACACUCUUGAAGCUUUGAGUGGAACUUUUCUGUGAAACAGCUUUUGGUAUAACUGUUGCUAAGGAUUAAAGUUAUUUACUUACAGCUUGUAAGGAUCAACAGGAGAUCAUGGAGUUACAAUAACUGAUUCCAUUGAAUGUGCAAGUGGGACUCUUCACCUGAAAAUCCCUGAUGAAACACUGAGGAUUAUCCCAUCAGCACUGCCGAUUUCAGCAUCUUCAGAAAACAUCUUAGUUUUGAAGAGAGGGGAUUUCCACAAUGAGAGAUCGAUUGGAGGAGCUUCACCAGACAGCUCAGGAGUUGUCAGGGACAACAGCCGGCCCUGCCAAUCCUUUCUCAGAGGAGGGUGACGAUGAAGAUGAAUCUGUGGAAGCUGGGACCAUUACGCAGCAGGCCGUGGUGUUUGAGGAGGAACCGGUCAUUCAGAAUUUCCUCUCCGAGGCUCAGCAAAUCAGAGAUGACAUCUCAACACUUGAAACAGAGGUCCUGAAGUUCUGUCAGCAGCAGAAGACCCUGGUGGCAACCAUGCGUCGCUUCAGCGUGAUGAAGAAAGAGAGCAGCAUAACACGAGACAUCAAGCUGCAGGCCGAAAGCCUCCACCGCCGGUUAGACGCCCUUUCAAAACAAGCCCAAAGAACUGAAGACCAGCUGGGAACUAAUGCUGUCGCAGUGAGAAUACAACGCUCCCAGCAUGCAGCUCUGCAUCGCAGAUUUCAGCAGGUGAUGCGCCAGUAUAAUGAAGGUCUGCUGACCAAGCAGGAUCGUUGUAAGCACUUCAUUAUGCGGCAGCUGGAGAUAUUGGAAAGGAAUGUAACAGAGGAGGAGGUGAAUGAGAUGGUCGCCACAGGAAAUUGGGAGGUGUUCAACGAGAACUUGCUAAAUGAUGUCAGAAUCACACGGUCACAACUGUCUGAGAUCGAACAGCGACACAGGGAACUCUUGAGCCUGGAGAACAAUAUGAAAGAACUAAGAGACCUCUUCAUGGAUAUCUUCAUGCUUGUAGAGGAACAAGGGGCUGAUAUUGAACACAUCCAAACUAAUGUUGAGCGAACACAAGAUUACGUUGCUGCAACUAAUGAGAAGUUCAAGGCGGCUGCAAGAUAUAAGAAGAAGAACCCGAUUCGACAGCUGUGCUGCUGCUGUUGUCCUCCUUGGAGAUGCUGCAUGUGAAACAAGAGCAUUUUGUGCCUGAGAGUUUCCUCCAAAUAAGGUUUUAUUUCAAACACUUGUGACUAACUUGGAAGUCAGCAACACAAGUGACAUUAAAAGGAAGGUAAAAGUGUUGACGUUGUUGCUGCUGCUAAGAAAGAGCAAUGGUGAGUAGAGACGCAGCAGAGCACAGAAAACAAUUAGAGAGGAGGGCAGGAAUUGCUAUGGGAAGGUACUUGUUUCUUUCAGGAGGAGGUGAAGUGACUGCGAUUGGAAGAGACAGUUCAGUGAGUUCUACUCACCAACAUUCUUGUUUAUUGGAGACCUUCACUGUCAUCUGACAGAGGUCACAAACAAGAGGAGGCUACUGACACUGCUGGAUCAGCAAAAACAAUAUUCCAGCCUUUUUACUGAACAGUAAAGCACUGUUUUUCCCCUCUGCCAUAAGAAUCCUAAUGGGGAAAGAAUUGUUUUUUAAAAACAUGCACUUUCCAGGAUUCACUUUUCAUUUUGGGGGCGUGAAGCAAAAUUUUCUCACAAUGAGAAGAAUUUUAUUUUCAGAAAAAAAAAAAUAUUUUGCAUACAUUUUAUUUUUGGCAACGUAUUAAUUAAAAAAAUACCUUUGAACAUGUACUGUAUUUCAAGUCCUAAUCAUCUUUAACUAUAUUUUUUAUUAAUAAAUGCAGUUUUAUAUGAAUAGAAUACAAAUAGUUCUGGGAUGACAAAAACCUUUGAAUAUUGCUAAUUUUAGAAGUCACUGACCAUUUAAAUGA